GGAGAGAGAGAUCCCAGGACAAAUGUGCAGCAGGCCCCUGAGCAUGGGUAGAAAUGUCAUCAGUUCCACAUAGAAAGACUUGGAGGAAAUCAAAGAGGACAGUAAAAGUCACACGAUCCUAUCCAACCUUCCCUUCCCUGAAUGCCUGGGAAGAAUUCAGGGGCCUCUUGCCUGUGGAUGGGGAACCAAACCCUGGAGUGGCCCUAGGUGUGGAGGAGGGACUGCUCUGCCAGAUGCUUCAUUCUCCAGAAUUCAACUUGUUUCCUGACUCCGCGGUGUUUGAAAGCAACUUCGUCCAGGUCAAAGGGGGCAGGAAUUGGAGAGAGAUCCACACAGCCUCCAACACCACAGCCCUGGGGGUGACCUCCUCAGUGCCCUGCCUGCCCCUCCCCAACAUCCUACUCAUGGCCAAUGUCAAAUGGCACCAGGGGCAGAGCCAGACAUGGAACAGACCAUCCACAGUCCCCAACAUCUUCCUGAAGAGGAUUCUCCCAUUGAAGUUUGUGGAGCUCCAGGUAUGUGACCGUCAUCAACGUAUCCUGCGAUUGAGGACAGUCACUGAGAAGAUUUAUUACCUAAAGCUCCACCCUGACCAUCCUGAGACUGUCUUCCACUUCUGGAUCCGACUGAUUCAAAUUCUGCAAAAGGGGCUGUCCAUCACCACCAAAGACCCUAGGAUUCUUGUUACUCACUGCCUGGUACCCAAGAACUGCUGCAGCCCCUCAGGAGAUUCCAAGGUAGAACAGAAGAAACUCCAAGCCUCACAGCCCAGUGAGAGUCUCAUUCAACUAAUGGCCAAGGGGGAGAGUGAAGCCCUCUCUCAGAUUUUUGCCGACUUACACCAGCAGAAACAUUUGAGUUUCAGGAGCAGCAAAAAGGUGGAGACCAACAAGAACAGCUCAGAGAAAGAUUCUUCCGGUGAAGACAGCAUCCCUUGCAUCCGUGACCUACGUUGGAGGGCUUCAUUCACAUGCGGAGAGUGGGAAAGAGAGAACCCCUCCGGGCUGCAGCCCCUCUCACUCCUCAGCACUCUGGCAGCCUCCUCCGGGCCACAGCGGGCCCCACCCAUAGGAAAUUCUAUUUGAGCCACCCUUCCGCACUGGGGAGAAUCUGUGCAAGCCUCAUCAACACUACUCUGUAGCAUUCAGCUUCUGAGGGAUUAUCGGGA